AUGGCACCUGCUAAGAAACGUGCAGUAAAAGGGAAAGAAAAGGAAAAAGUAUCGACACCUAAGAAAGAUGGUGUUUCUCCUGUGGCUGGAAAGCCGGAUAAGAGGCAUCGCAGUAAUACUAAUCGUAUUCUUGCCAUCAUGGAAGCUGACAGUACAACUGAAGAAAAACUGCAGAUGCUUGAUCCUCUGGGUUAUAGGGGUGUGUCGAGGGUUAAGCUUACGAGACUCCCGGAUAAUUUUACUGAAUGGAUUUGCAAAAGUUUUGAUGUCAGUUCAAGGUCUUUCCCGCUGCUUCGGUCAGGGAAGUUUAGAAUUGGAGAGGCAGAUGUGGAGAGAGUUUAUGGUUUGCCGCGUGGACCGUAUGCUGUUAAGCUGGAUAUGUUUAGUGCAUCCCAGAGGCACAAGUGGGGAAUUGAGUUAGGGCUUUGCAAUACUAGGAAAGGAAAGGCGACAUUGGCGAAUGUUAAACUGGCAUUGGAAGAGGAGAAGGACAAUAAGAAGUGGAGGGAUCUUUUUGUGCUGUAUGCAAUGGAGGCAGUUCUGUGCCCCAGUGGAAAUUUGAAGAUUGACCUCUCCUAUGCUGGGUUUUUGCAAGAUGAAAUGAUCGAUGACUUCAACCAAUAUAAUUGGUGUAAGCAUGUGGCUGACCAUUUCAAUGAAAGUAUGGUUGAAGUGGUUCAAUCAAAAUCAAAGUUCCCUGGUGACGUUCAUCUUCUUUUUAUUUCGAUUCUUGAUCGUUUGAAGAACCCUCCUGAGUUGCCCAUACCAACCUGUAGGCAUAGGUCGUACAAAGUCGCAAGUGCUGCUUUUCAAGUACUGAUGGAAGAAGGUCAUCUCUCUAUUGGUCAUCGAGAUGUAGUGGCGGAAGAACAAGCAACCACCAGUCAACCAAUGGGACGAGGACGUGUGAAGGGUACAAAGAGGAAAAGGUCGGUAGAUGAUCUUGAUAUGGUGAGGGAAGGGGAUCUUCCGAAGCUUCCCUAUCUUGACAUCAACUUGGAUGGUAUUCAUUCGGUUGAAGAUGCAUAUCAGUUGAAGAGUGACAUGGAAAGUUAUAAGAGGGCUUUGUUGAGGAUGGCUACUCAUUACAGUUCGAGCAUUGAACAAGUUGAUGAGCAUAUAAAGAUGUUGGAGGGGCAGCAACCAGAGGAUAGUCCUGAAGAUAAUGUCGAUUUCACUGAUACUGUUGAGGAUCUUGCUGUUGGUAAGGGAACCAAUGAUGUCGGUCGCAAUGCAGAUGCUGCCAAUGCUGAUGAUGAGACAGGUGCUAAGAGAAUAUCAGAUCCAAAGUCCCCGGGUCUUGAUGAUUUGUCAAUGGAGAUGGAUAAGAAUGGUGCGCCGCCAGAUGUUGGUCGCAAUGCAGAUGCUGCAAAUGAUGAUGAUGAGACUGGUGCUAAGAGAGUAUCAGAUCCAAAGUCCCCGGGUCUUGAUGAUUUGUCAAUGGAGAUGGAUAAGGAUGGUGCGUCGCCAGAUGUUGGUCACAAUGAUCCUGCUGGCAUUGCUGAUGAUGAUACCUCUGCUAAGGGAGUAUCAGAUUCGAAGGGGCUUGAUGAUCAUCUUGAUAAUCUGACAAUGGAGAUGACACAAAAAAGUGUUGAUUCUGAGAAUGCUAAGAAGGUGGAGAUGGACAGCUGUGAGGGAAAGGGAGAAGGUGAUGAUGGAGAUGACAAUGUUGAUGAUGUUGACGCUGCUAAGUUGGAUAACUUGGUUGAGAAGGUCGUAAAGUCUGCUAUGGGGGAUGUUCGUGAAGAUGUGGUGGUUGAUGAGAAAAGGAAAGAAGCUGAUGCCGGUGAGGUGCUUGAGGGUGGUGAUGAUAGUGCAGAUUUACCAUUGAGUCAGCUAUUUGAGAAUAGGAAGGGAAAGAAAAAAUUGAAAGUGAAGAAUGCAGGAGGCUCAUCAGGUGUUGAUGAUGAUGUGUUGAAGGGUGCUGUGUUGCGAUAUGCAAGUGGUUCAACUAACUUGAAGGAAAUCCUUUUCAGUCGUGUUGAUGGAUACGAUUGCUUGUAUAGAAAGGAUACAGAGACUUUGGCACAUGGUCAAUGUGUGAGUGUGGAUUUUAUUGACUGCUAUGCUGCCUAUCUGAAUCGGGAGCAACAAAAAGUGCACACGAUAGUGAAAGAGUCUGGAGCACUGCCUAAUUUUUUUGAAGAGACUGACGAAAUCAUUACAAGUUGCAAGUGGAUACCACAUAAUGUGGACUUCUCACAAUGUGAUUAUUGGAUAUUCCCCCACUGUUCUGAUGAACACUACAGGCUGUAUGUAGUGAAUCUGAAGAACAAACGAUAUGAUUAUCUUGACAGCCUUUACCCUGAUGAACUUAAUACCAAGUUUCGUGCUGUUGCGGAUAUGGUGGUCCGCUAUGCCACAGAAUACAUUCCUGCCUGUAGACAAGAGUCCUUCAAGUUUGAAGAAUUCAAGUGGGUUAGAAUGCGAGGGUUAAGACAACGUGGUGGGGUUGACUGUGGUGUUUUUGCUAUGAAUUUUGCUGAGUUUUGGGAAGGCAAACUGAUGCCAGGUAUGAGGAAUUGGCAAAAAGAAAUCAAUCAGAGGCGGGAUGAGAUCACAUUAACAUUGCUGCUGAAUGAGGAGAACAGUGUACUUGAAGAGGUGAAGAAGAAGAGUUUGGAGUUUGAUCGCAAGGUGGACUAG